AUGGCUUCCAUCGCGAAAACCGUCGUCGCCACAGGCGCAUCUUCUGGACUUGGCUUUGAAGCCAUCAAGCAGCUUCUUCUCCAACAAAAACAAUCAUACAAAAUCAUCCUUGGUGCCCGAAACACCCAGAGCACCAUUGCCGCCUUUGACGCUCUGGCAUAUGACCGCUCUGGUCACGCCGUAACUGUGCUGCCGCUGGAACUUUCUGAUGUAAGGACUGUCAAGACCUUUUCGCAGCAGGCAUUGGAAAAGAUUGGAGGUGAUAAGAUCGAUUACUUGUUGCUGAAUGCAGCCAUUACCGAUGGCGCGGAGAAGCCCGGCCCCAAAGGGUGGAGGUGGUGCGAGUCGUUGGUGGUGAACCAUUUCUCACAACACUACCUCACACAUCUGCUGAGGGAGAAGCUUGUCGGGUCAAAGUCUCGUAUCGUCUUUGUCUCUUCUGGAGCGAUUCGCCGAAUAACUGAUCCUAAUGUUCUUGAUGAGAUGUUGAAGAGCGCUUCUGGUGCAGAUGGCAUGAAUGUGUAUUGCGCCACCAAAUUCGUUCAGCUUCUCAAUGCCCACUGGUGGCGCCGUCAACUGGCCGGUCAGUGCGACGUUGUCGCUGUUUCACCUGGCUUGAUUCCAGGCACUGGCCUUGGCCGAGGCAAUGGACUGAAGCUUACCAUGGAUAUGCCCGACGCGAAGUCUGUUGCUACAGGCGCACAAAGCAUUUUGGCAGCAUUUACUCGAUCCGAUUUCCCAAGCGACCCCGACCAAAUCUUUUUGACGAGCUGGGGAGAUUGGUGGGGGAAGGACGUUAUUGAGCAGUCUCUUGACAAGAGCCUGCAGGAUAAGUGGAGUUGGAGCAAAGAAGAUAUUGAGAAGGAAGUUGGCAUCACUGCGUGA